GCAUCCUUUGACACAAGUGAAACAGAAACAGAACAACCGACUGAUAUUAAAGGUAAUGGCAUCUUUUGAAACAAGUGCAGCAGAAACAGGACAACCGACUGAUAUUAAAGAAACUACUGCUGGAAAAGUGGAAACCUACACUCAAGCUCAGAUUCCCAUAAAUAUCUUUCCUUCUUCUGUUACUUUGCGCCGACAAAUAAACUUUGAAUGCCACGAUAACGAGUACUUUGAAAUUAUAGACUGUGCAUUCGUAGGCUUUAAUGUAGUGUUUCCUGAUUACAUCAAUGACAGGUUAAUUAUCAGCAUGGUAGAACAUAAUGAUAUCCGUUAUAUGGACAUGGAUUACCGACCAAGAUAUAUAACAGGAGUAAACAAUGACACCGUGGCAGUAGGAUGUACAAGAUACCAAGUCAUACAGAUUAUAGAUAUAUCAAACGACACCGUUGUACGGACAAUUCCAACCAGCGGUGAAUGUUAUGGAAUAUCAUGCAGCGAAGAUAAAUUAUAUGUUGAUGCUAGUGAUAUAUUAGUAAUGGAUCUGCAUGGUCAUGUGUUGCGCACCUUUCCAAAUCCUGGUGUUGAUCUUGGCUAUUUAACAGUAGAUGGAGACAGGUUUUUCUUUUGUGACGGAUUCACGUUGUUUUGUUGUGAUUUAAACGGUAAUAUUGAAUGGGAAUUUGACAAGGAAGGCUAUAAAGAUAUUUACGGCAUGGCAACAGAUUCGAAGGGAAAUGUUUAUUUGGCUAAUGCUGAUAGUGAUAGAAUUGUGGUCAUUUCCCCUGAUGGCAGACAUCAUAAGGAUAUACUGACAAGUUUUGAUUCACUUGAAUCACCAAUAUCACUUGACUUUGACAAAAAAGAAAACAGAAUGGUAGUUCGUACCACUGCUAAUGAGAGCGCUUUUAUAUUUGAUGUUAAAUUUAAGAGCUGAUCAAAUAUUUAAAAUUUCACAGAUAUUUCAAUUGUUUAUUGAUACGUCAUUUUUAGUUCCUUUCUCUUUUUCAGCAAUAAUUCAUUUUGUUGUAUUAUAUGCAGCUUUUCAAUGUGUAUCGUUUGCUACCAGCUCACACAAGAUGACAGAAUGGUGAUAGGAUUUUGAAAAUAUUAACAAACAAGAUUAACCUGAUCAACAUUGAACAUGUUGAACAAUAUUGUUUUAGAACAUUUAACCAUUGAUAAUUAAACUAUGUUUUCUAUGAAUUUUAACUGAUGGAUUUAAGCAAACCUUAUGAAUGCAAAAAGACAUAUUUCAACGAGGCCGCUAAUCAACAAAACAAGAAACGCGGGAACAAAUCUUUAAUUAUAUGUUAUUUCUUUUUCCAAAAAAAUAUUUGUUUCUGGUGAGACAUAGUUGCCUGAUUCAUAUUAUAAUGCUAUGUUUUUUAUUAGAUCUGUUUGAGAACAGAUUUAAAAAGAUACUACAUUUGCCCUUGUUAUAUAUUGAAGUUUGAAUAGUAAUAUAUGAUUUUGACGAAAAUAAAAUAAAAAAGAACGACGAAGACAUGCUUAGUUAUGCAUGCCAUUUUGUUUUACUUUGUUGA